GUUUAGGCAGUAGGGAGUUUCUGCUAGGGUCUGGAUUGGAGUUAUCACACAGACCGGACCCUACCCUGCAUGAGUGUCUAAGGAGGAGAAGAAGAGAAAAAAGGAUUCCCCCCGCUUGUCGCAAAGAAUCUACAUGUCUAAUAUUUAGACAUGUUCAGCUUUGUGGAUAUUCGGUUAGCGCUGUUGCUCAGCGCAACAGUGCUGUUGGUCAGAGCUCAAGGCGAGGAUGACAUCGCAUACGGCAGCUGCACAUUAGAUGGACAGUUGUACAACGACAAGGAUGUAUGGAAACCAGAGCCCUGCCAGAUCUGCGUCUGCGACAGCGGGACCGUCAUGUGCGACGAGGUGAUCUGCGAGGACACCUCCGACUGCGCCGAUCCCAUCAUCCCCGACGGAGAGUGCUGCCCCAUCUGCCCCGAUGUUGAUGAUUCCGAGGUCGAUACCGGAGUGCAGCAGCCGGAGAAGGGAGCUGUUGGCCCCAAGGGAGACAGGGGUGUUCCUGGCCCUCCUGGCAACGAUGGAAUCGACGGACAGCCUGGUCUUCCUGGCCCACCCGGCCCCCCUGGCCCCCCUGGCCUUGGCGGAAACUUCUCUCCUCAGAUGAGCUAUACUGACCACUCCAAAUCCAGCGGCCCAGCAGUCCCCGGCCCAAUGGGUCCAAUGGGUCCUCGUGGUCCUCCCGGAUCCCCCGGCUCCUCUGGUCCUCAGGGCUUCACUGGACCCCCCGGAGAGCCCGGUGAGCCCGGAGCAUCUGGUCCCAUGGGUUCCCGUGGUCCUGGUGGCCCCCCUGGAAAGAACGGAGAUGAUGGUGAGCCCGGCAAAGCUGGACGCCCCGGUGAGCGCGGAGCCGCUGGCCCCCAGGGAGCUCGUGGAUUCCCCGGAACCGCCGGACUCCCCGGCAUCAAGGGACACAGAGGUUUCAGCGGUCUGGAUGGAUCCAAGGGAGACGCCGGACCUGCCGGCCCUAAGGGAGAGGGCGGUGCCUCUGGUGAGAACGGUAUCCCCGGAUCCAUGGGUGCUCGUGGUCUUCCUGGUGAGAGAGGCCGCCCUGGACCUCCUGGCCCAAGUGGUGCUCGUGGUAACGAUGGCAACAGCGGUGCAGCUGGACCCCCAGGAUCCACUGGACCUGCUGGCCCCCCAGGAUUCCCCGGUGGUGCCGGCGCUAAGGGAGAGACCGGUCCUCAGGGAGGUCGUGGAUCCGAGGGAGCCCACGGAGCCCGUGGAGAGCCCGGUAACCCCGGAGCUUCCGGACCCGCUGGACCCGCUGGUAACCCCGGAUCCGAUGGUGCCCCUGGUGCUAAAGGUGCCGCUGGUCCCGCUGGUAUCGCCGGUGCUCCUGGUUUCCCUGGUGCUCGUGGUCCCGCCGGAGCUCAGGGCGCUGUCGGUGCUCCUGGCCCCAAGGGUAACAAUGGUGACCAUGGCAACCCUGGUCCUAAGGGAGAGCCCGGUUCCAAGGGAGAGACUGGCCCCGCUGGAGUUCAGGGACUUCCCGGCCCCUCUGGCGAGGAAGGAAAGAGAGGAGGUCGCGGAGAGCCCGGUGGUGCUGGAGCCCGUGGACCCGCUGGAGAGCGUGGUACCCCCGGUGCUCGUGGAUUCCCUGGUGCUGAUGGAGCUGCUGGUGGCAAGGGAGCCCCCGGUGAGCGUGGUGCCCCCGGCCCUCUGGGAGCUCAGGGAGCCACCGGUGAGUCCGGAAGCUCUGGCGCUCCCGGCGCACCUGGAUCCAAGGGUAUGACUGGUAGCCCCGGAUCCCCCGGCCCCGAUGGCAAAUCUGGACCUGCUGGUGCUCCUGGACAAGAUGGCCGCUCUGGACCUGCCGGCUCCGCUGGAGCCAGAGGACUUCCUGGUGUGAUGGGAUUCCCCGGACCCAAGGGACCCGCUGGUGAUGCUGGUAAGCCUGGUGAGAGAGGCCCCUCAGGUGCUACUGGCCCCCUUGGUUCCCCAGGCAAAGAUGGUGACAUUGGUGCUCCUGGACCUUCUGGUGCCGCUGGACCCGCUGGAGAGAAGGGAGAGCAGGGACCCGCCGGAUCUCCCGGAUUCCAGGGACUCCCUGGACCCCAAGGUGCUACUGGUGAGACUGGCAAGCCUGGUGACCAGGGUGCACCCGGUGAGGUUGGACCCCAUGGCCCAUCUGGACCAAGAGGCGACAGAGGAUUCCCUGGUGAGCGCGGUGCCAACGGUGUUGGUGGCCCAACUGGAGCCCGUGGUUCCCCUGGCCCUGCUGGUAACGAUGGACCUAAGGGUGAGCCCGGUGCUGGCGGUGCCCCCGGUGGUAUUGGAGCCCCCGGUAUGCAGGGAAUGCCCGGUGAGCGUGGAGCUAGCGGUCUCCCCGGUGCCAAGGGAGAGAGAGGUGACGGCGGUGCCAAGGGACUUGAUGGCGGUCCCGGCAAAGAUGGCGUGCGUGGUAUGACCGGUGCUAUUGGAGUCCCCGGACCUCCUGGUGCUCAGGGUGAGAAGGGUGAGGGCGGCCCCGUUGGAGUCUCUGGACCCACUGGACCCCGCGGUGGACCUGGUGAGCGUGGAGAGGCUGGACCUUCUGGACCUGCCGGAUUCGCUGGACCUCCUGGUGCUGAUGGUCAGCCUGGUGCCAAGGGAGAGAGCGGUGACUCUGGACCCAAGGGAGAUGCUGGUGCUCCUGGACCCAACGGACCCGUUGGAGCUGCUGGUCCUCAAGGACCAAGUGGUGCUUCUGGACCCAAAGGUGCUCGUGGUGGUGCUGGACCUCCUGGUGCUACUGGUUUCCCUGGACCCGCUGGAAGAGUUGGACCCCCCGGCCCUGCUGGAGCUGGCGGAGCCCCCGGACCUUCCGGACCUGUUGGCAAAGAUGGACAGAGAGGAGGCCGUGGUGAGACUGGCCCCGCCGGUCGCCCCGGUGAGGUCGGUGGUGUUGGACCCCCUGGACUCUCUGGAGAGAAGGGAUCUCCUGGUUCUGAUGGAGCCCCUGGUACCUCUGGUAUUCCCGGACCCCAAGGUAUCGCUGGACAGCGCGGUAUUGUAGGUCUCCCUGGACAGCGUGGAGAGCGUGGUUUCGCUGGUCUGCCUGGACCUUCUGGUGAGCCUGGAAAGCAGGGACCUUCUGGAAUUUUCGGCGAGCGUGGACCCCCCGGACCCGCUGGACCCCCUGGACUGUCCGGUGCUAAUGGAGAGGCUGGUCGUGAUGGAUCUGCCGGUCACGAUGGUGCCCCUGGCCGCGACGGAGCUCCUGGCCCCAAGGGAGACCGUGGUGAGUCUGGUAAUUCUGGAGCCCCUGGACCUCCUGGUGCUCCUGGAGCUCCUGGAGCUUUCGGCCCCUCCGGAAAGACUGGUGACCGAGGAGAGAGUGGUCCAGCUGGUCCUGCCGGUCCUUCUGGCCCUGCUGGUGUCCGUGGACCUAGUGGUCCUGCUGGAGCCAAGGGAGAUAGAGGAGAGGCUGGUGAGGCUGGAGAGAGAGGCCACAAGGGACACAGAGGAUUCACCGGUAUGCAGGGUCUGCCCGGAACUGCCGGAGGUGCUGGAGAGCGUGGACCCGCUGGUUCUUCUGGACCCGCUGGACCAAGAGGACCUUCUGGAUCUAACGGCUCCCCUGGUAAGGAUGGCAUGAACGGUCUGCCUGGACCCAUCGGACCCCCUGGACCUCGCGGUCGCAACGGAGAGAUGGGACCUUCUGGUCCUCCUGGACCUCCUGGACCCGCCGGACCCCCUGGACCUGCCGGAGGUGGAAUGGACUUCAUCAGCGCACCAGCUCAGGAGAAGGCCCCCGAUCACUACCGCGGCGGCGGAUACCGCGCCGACGACCCCAACAUGAUGCGCGACCGCGACAUGGAGGUUGACACCACCCUCAAGACCCUCACUCAGAGGAUCGAGACGAUCCGCAGCCCCGACGGCACCCAGAAGAGCCCCGCCCGCAUGUGCCGCGACCUGAGGAUGUGCCACCCCGAAUGGAAGAGCGGCGCAUACUGGGUUGAUCCCAACCAGGGAUCUCCUCUGGAUGCCAUCAAGGUCCACUGCAACAUGGAGACUGGCGAGACUUGCAUCUACCCCAGCGACUCCAGCAUCCCCAUGAAGAACUGGUACCUCAGCAAGAACAUCAGAGAGAAGAAGCACGUCUGGUUCAGCGAGUCCAUGACCGGUGGAUUCCAGUUCCAGUACGGCAGCAAUGGAGCUGAUCCCGAGGAUGUCACCAUCCAGAUGACCUUCAUGCGCCUGAUGGCCAACCAGGCCUCCCAGAACGUCACAUACCACUGCAAGAACAGCAUCGCCUACAUGGACUCCGCCACCGGCAACCUGAAGAAGGCCCUCCUCCUCCAGGGAUCCAACGACGUCGAGAUCAGAGCCGAGGGCAACAUCCGCUCCACAUACAGCGUCAGCGAGGAUGGUUGCACGUCACACACUGGCACAUGGGGCAAGACAGUCAUCGACUACAAGACAACGAAAACAUCCCGCCUGCCCAUCAUUGACAUUGCUCCUAUGGAUGUUGGUGCCCCUGAUCAGGAAUUUGGCGUCGAAGUUGGCCCCGUUUGCUUCUUGUAAAAAAAGAAAAAAGAAAUAUGGACAUGACAUUGUUGUUUUUUUUUCUCGCAGUCAUCUCUAAAUCCUUUUUUCUAUGCAUUCAAAACUCAUUCGGCUGCCACUGGUGCACAUGCUUAAAACCACUCUACUGAAGACCGUGUUUUUUUUUUUCCAAUCAUGAGAAGUCUUUUCCCGGGACUGCUACAACAACCGAGACCAACCACAAGGACACUUUAAAAAGAAUCUUUUGUUUCCACUGGCAACAAGAAUAUAAUAUAUGCUUGUGUAAAAUUUUCCCCUGGAGAUUGAGAAAGAAAAAAAAGAAAGCGAAAAAGAUCCACACGCAAUGAAACACAGGUGACUUUUGCCAUUUCCCACCACUGCGGAAGGACAUUGAAAACAACAAAUGAUAUGUACCAUUUUUCUGGUGUUAAAUAAAUUGUAAAAAGUG